AUGGAGAACCAUAUCACAAUCAGCUCCUCGUUACCAAGCGGCCACAGCUCCGAGGCACGAGAAGCGGACAUUCUAUCCCAUCAUCUGGAUCCACAGUUCACUGCCUCAAUAGACGGCCAGUUCCCUACUUCACCCGAAAAUGACAGUCAUACAGACACGACCAGCCCCGCCGCCACGUCCGAGCCUCAGUCCUCUCUGAAGCUACAGGGCGGUGAUGUGCACCGGGAUUUGUACCGCAUCGAAGCCAAGUCCAAACAGACUAAAAGAUCUGCCAGUUUCUCACACUCUCAGCGAGAAGCCGAAGAUGCUAUCGAGGAGGGCGUUGCUGCACUAGAACCCGGCAGCUUUCGGCGCCAUUUUAUUCAACGCCACAGACACGCCCGUUUUGAUCAUCCGCGCGUGACUACAUCGUUUGUGGACUUUUUGGAUCUAUACGGCAACUUCGCUGGCGAAGACUUAGCUGACACGGAGGAUGAAGAGUCAACGACAAGUGAGGAACAACGGCAACGGCUUGAGGGUCGAAGGCCAAUUUCGGAACGAACAGCGCUGCUGGGGCACCGAAAACGCGCGCGGACUAGCCAACCAGGGGAUGCUUCAGACGCGAAGGCGUUUCUAACACUGCUCAAAGCAUUUAUUGGUACCGGCAUUAUAUUCCUUCCAAAGGCAUUUCGAAAUGGAGGCAUUCUCUUCUCGUCAAUCACACUGGUGACGGUGGCAGCCAUCUCGACCGUUUGCUUUAAUCUGCUCCUGCAAUGUCGCCGACAGUAUGGAGGUGGGUAUGGUGACAUUGGAGAACGCAUCGCAGGUCCACAACUGCGGUCCCUUAUUCUGAGUUCCAUUGCAAUCUCCCAAAUCGGAUUUGUCUGCGCUUGUAUCAUCUUUACGGCAGAGAAUCUUCAAGCAUUCCUCCAGGCUGUGGCCGUCCGUCCUGGUAUUAAAUUAUCCACUGGCUACCUGAUAGUUCUGCAGUUGCUUAUCCUCAUUCCCUUGGGCUGGAUCCGCAACAUUUCCAAGCUGGGCCCUACCGCACUACUUGCAGAUGCAUUCAUACUUUUGGGACUGUCAUACAUCUAUUGCUUUGACAUUGCAACGCUGGUGUCUCGUGGCAUGGAGCCAACUGUGAGGCUGUUCAAUCCAAAGUCAUUUACCUUGACUAUUGGCUCCUCAAUUUUCACAUUCGAGGGUAUUGGUUUAAUCCUUCCUAUUCAAUCAUCUAUGAAGCGCCCAGAACACUUCAAUCGGCUUCUUUAUCUCAUCAUGACUAUCAUCACCAUCCUUUUUACAGCUGUUGGUGCUCUCUCGUAUGCCACCUUCGGCGAGCAGACACAAACAGAAAUCUUCAGUAAUUUCCCACAGACUGACCAUUUUGUGAACACGAUCCAAUUUCUAUAUGCCCUCGCGAUCUUAGUUGGAACCCCCAUCCAGAUUUUUCCCGCCGUCCGCAUUGUUGAGGGUAAACUAUUUGGCCCAAACUCCGGAAAACACGAUCCAUCGGUCAAAUGGAAGAAAAAUAUCUUCCGCACAGCAAUGGCUAUAGGCUGCGGGAUCAUUUCUGCCGCAGGGGCUGGGAACCUGGACAAGUUUGUGUCUUUGAUUGGGUCGUUUGCCUGCGUGCCACUGGUGUAUAUCUACCCUGCAUAUUUGCACUGGAAGGGCGUGGCCCAAUCCCCUUGGGCCAAGCGAGGCGAUAUUAUCCUGAUGUUCCUAGGCUUCGUCUUCAUGAUCUAUACCACCUCGGCUACGGUCUCCGUCUGGGUUCAUGGUCACUCUUAG